UAAAACGACGACGUAACAGUAGAGGGGAAGUAGGAAUAUUGUUAGCUGAGAGGAGAGUGAGAACUGAGAGUAGAAACCAGAGCAGUGCAGAAUCAGCAGCUACCGUCAACAAUGGCGAUUUCCGGCGAUCUCAGGGCCUCCGUCUCGGCAACUCUUCCACUCCAUCACUCCCACCCGCUUCCAACCCGCUCAUUCCAUUCCACAAAGGUAGACUUUCAUUUCUUCUUGAGUGGAGCAUCUAGCAUCUCUGAAUUCGCCCCAAAAUGUCCUAGCCUGACAACUGCACGAAGCAAUAUGCGUGGCUAUUGCAAGCCAGUUUCAGCAAUCCUUGGAGGUCCUAAAUCUUCCUCAAAGUCAGUUAGCCAAGAGGUUGAGAAUUUUCUCCUUGAUGCUGUUAAUAUGAGUUUAUUUGAGCGUUUAAAUUUGGCUUGGAAGAUACUUUUCCCGUCAGCUGUAUCUAGAAAAAGAUCCAAUGCGAGGAUUGCCAAGCAACGCUUGAAGAUGAUUUUGUUCUCUGAUCGAUGCGAAGUAAGUGAUGAGGCAAAACGAAAAAUUGUUACCAACAUUGUGCAAUCUUUAUCAGAUUUUGUGGAAAUAGAAUCACAGGAUAAGGUUCAGCUGAGUGUCUCUGCAGAUACAGAUCUGGGAACUAUUUACUCUGUCACGGUGCCUGUACGGCGGGUUAAACCAGAAUAUCAAGAUUUGGAUGAAGCUGGGAAAAUAAUGAAUGUUGAGUAUAAGGACACCGGAGACAGCUCUGGUUGUGUUGAUGUUAGAUUUGAUUUCUUUGUCCCUGAUGAAAGUUCUUGACUUUGAUUUGAAAGUUUUUGAAUCUUGAUCUUUGUCAAAAGUUGGUAUUUGAAAUUCUGCCAAGUGAAGCCAUUUUGGAGUGCUGUAUAUAUUUGCAAUUUUUUCUU